AUAAAGCUCGUCUCAUUGUAAUUUAACAACUAGUUAGCCCAGUUACAUAAGAUUUUCCCCACUCUUCUACCUUUCAUUUCUGAAAAUGGCAAGUGAAGCUCAUGCAGCUGUUCAUGCUCCUCCGGCAGCGCCAACGGUUUGCGUCACUGGAGCUGCUGGAUUUAUUGGCUCUUGGCUUGUCAUGAGACUCCUUGAACGUGGUUAUAAUGUUCACGCUACUGUUCGUGAUCCUGAGAACAACAAGAAGGUCAAGCAUCUAUUGGAAUUGCCAAAAGCUGACACGAACUUGACGCUGUGGAAAGCGGACUUGUCAGUGGAAGGAAGUUUUGAUGAAGCCAUUCAAGGCUGUCAAGGAGUAUUUCAUGUGGCAACACCUAUGGAUUUUGAGUCCAAGGAUCCUGAGAAUGAAGUAAUUAAACCAACAGUCAGGGGAAUGUUAAGCAUCAUAGAAUCAUGUGCUAAAGCAAACACAGUGAAGAGGCUGGUUUUCACUUCAUCUGCUGGAACUCUCGAUGUCCAAGAGCACCAAAAACUCUUCUACGACGAGACCAGCUGGAGCGACUUGGACUUUAUAUAUGCUAAGAAGAUGACAGGAUGGAUGUAUUUUGUUUCGAAGAUACUGGCAGAGAAGGCCGCAAUGGAAGCAGCUAAAAAGAAUAACAUUGAUUUUAUUAGCAUCAUACCGCCGCUGGUUGUUGGUCCAUUCCUCACGCCUGCAUUCCCACCUAGCUUAAUCACUGCACUUUCACUAAUUACUGGGAAUGAAGCUCACUAUUGCAUCAUUAAACAAGGUCAAUAUGUGCAUUUGGAUGAUCUUUGUGAGGCUCAUAUUUUCCUAUAUGAGCACCCAAAGGCAGAGGGAAGAUUCAUCUGCGCGUCCCAUCAUGCUAUCAUCUAUGAUGUGGCAAAGAUGGUCCGAGAGAAAUGGCCAGAGUACUACGUCCCUACUGAGUUUAAAGGCAUCGAUAAGGACUUGCCCGUGGUGUAUUUUUCGUCAAAGAAGCUGACGGAUAUGGGGUUUCAAUUCAAGUACACUUUGGAGGAUAUGUAUAAAGGGGCCAUUGAGACUUGUCGACAGAAGCAGUUGCUUCCCUUUUCUACCCGAAGCACAGCAGAUAAUGAACGUGACAAAGAAGCCAUUCCCCUUUCUGCUGAAAACUAUGCAAGUGGCAAAGAGAAUUCACCAGUUGCAAAUGGUACAGGAAAGUCAACCAAUGGUGAAAUCUAGAACGGCAAUCUUACAAAAUAAAGAGGCGAGCAUGCCUAGCAAUAUGUUUGCUCCUUGGUUCUCUAAUGUAAUCUUGCUAGAGGUUUUAUAAUACUAAAUGAGUAAAAUAUUCAAUGAAUA